AUGAGUCGAGGGGAGGAUGCUGAGCCGCCGCUCCCACUGGUGUCAGGCGGCAGCAGCAUUGGUUUUAGUCCUGACCUGCAGCAAGGCAUGAGAGUGGAGCCUUGGAAACCGCAAGCUCACAGAGGUCACCAGGCAAAGCGCGCCAGAGUGGAGAGCAUUGUCAAGGUGAUGAGCCGAUCCGAUGUGUCAGUGAAGCUGCAGGAGGAAUCGAGCACGACAAGAGAAGAAGAGAUGAGAGCGACGUGGUCCAGAGAACACAGGCGGGCAGAGGAGGUGUUAGAGGGGAGCUGGAACAGCCGGCACCAGGGAUGGAAGAAGACCAAGCUGAUGAACUACUUUCAGUCCAGACCUGAAAACAUGCAGGUGUUGGCAGAUGCUCUGAAGGUGGAACUGUCCAGAGCGGUCAGCAGGAGCGUCGACUCGGUCUUCAGGAGCAUGCAGCAGAACGUAGGAGGAGGUCCACUCCCCUCCACACGGAGCGCUCGGACUGAAGCCCAGCCUCUCACCAUGAGCCAGAUGGCGACUGAUCAUCCUCAGUCCAACGACACGGCGCAUCCAACCUUUCCAGGGUCUCCACACGACGCUUCCAAAGUCAGACUGAAGGUCAACUCCAGACCGGUUCAGGGGCCAGCGACGGAGCAGAUGAUUUGGGAGACCCUCUGCCAUCCACAAGUGGAGUCCAACAGCCUGCUGAGGAGUCACUUGUAUCUGCUGAACGAGGGUUUGACCACGAAGCAUCUAAAGAAAGCAAAGCUCAUGUUCUUCUUCACUCGGUACCCGAGCUCCCUGGUGCUGAGGAUGUGUUUCCAUGACGUGCAGUUCACGCGCUGCAUCAGCUCCCAGCUCAUCAAGUGGUUCAGUAACUUCCGGGAGUUCUUCUACAUCCAGAUGGAGAAGUUCGCCCGGCACGCCGUCGUGGCGGGGCGGUCCGAUGGGUGCGCUCUGACUGUGGGGCGAGAAUCGGAGCUUUUCAGAACGCUCAACGUGCACUACAACAAGGCAAACGACUUUCAGGUCCCAGAUCAGUUCCUGGAGGUAGCGGAGAUUACACUGCGAGAGUUCUACGUGGCUAUUUCCAUGGGAAAGGACGGCGAUCCCUCAUGGAAAAAGGCGAUCUACAAAGUGAUCUGCAAACUGGACUGUGAGGUUCCAGCCGAGUUUCGGAGUCAUGGAUGAGACGCGUGCGUCAGGUGCCACAGCUUCAACGUCACAUUGUGGACUUACUUGUUUAGUCACAAACAUGCGAUCAAAUGUCUUCAUCUAAAGAAGAACAGUUCAUCAUUCACGCAGUCUUGGAGUGACACUCUGAUCUUUAGGGGCAAAGUAACCUUGCACAGUCAUGAAUGAGGCCACACACGAGAGGGACAUUUUUAAUAUCCAACAAUUUACAUGUUAAAGGUGAUUUCAUCCAAAGGUGAAACCCAAACCUCCUUUACAUUCAUGAGUAUUGCCUUUAUCUAACACGGCAUUUGCCUGUCUCAAAGCCAUUUCUUUAUUACGGUGAAGUUAAUGCAUUGGAGCCUUGAUCCAUUCUAUGUUCUCCUUGAGCACACAUGGGUGUCACGUCCAGGCACUCCAGUUUCCUCCCACGAUUCAGAAACAUAGAAGGGUAAUGCGAUGACGACGCAUCACGGGCGUCCAAAGUUUGGCCUGGGGGCCAUUUGUAUCCCUGGAUGAGACUUCAUGUGGUCCUCGGUCAUCAAAUGUUUUGUGCCACACCAGAACUACAUCAAAUACUUCAAAUCGCAACGUGAGCUUCAUCUCGUGAGUCGCCGGAAAGUUCCUAAAGAUUGUGCUUCGAAACGCGACACUAAUUUCACACUACAAACUUUUACCUGCCAGUGGAAGAGAGGAGUUGUCCCACUUGUGCAGGUCAAUGAAGACACCAGCACUUUGUUUCAAACCUUCAUGUUCUGGUCGGUGAGUAAAUCUAUUCAAGCUCUGAAUUUCGUACUGACGUUGAAAUACUGCCACAAAUGGUGACGCACAUACGAUGAAGGUGAAUCAUGUAAUAAGGUAUGUAUUCUCAUGAGAACACAA